AUGCUCAACAGACUCCUCGAGAUCUUCAUAAGUCCUCGACGGACGCGCAAGAUUCUGAUCCUGGGUCUCCACUACACCGGCAAAACGACACUCUUGUAUUUCCUCAAGGACGGCAACUUGCACCGUGUCAUGCAGACGAUACCGACGAUCGGUUUCAACGCCGAGUCGCUCAGAUUUCCCGACUCGCGCGACUAUUUCGUGGCCUGGGAUCUCGGGGGAGGGUGCGGCGGGCACAUGCGGAGCCUCCUCAAAUACUACUUCUCCUACACGGAGGCCAUCAUCUGGAUGGUCGACUCGGCCGACAGGAACUUCCUAGAGGAAAGCCUCACAGAGCUCAAGUUCCUUUUCAACGAGCUUGAUCAAGAACUCGGCGUCGAGGUCUCUCAAAAGAUCCCGUUCCUGAUUCUGGCAAACAAGCAAGACUUACCAAAUGCGAUUCGCAUCCCAGAACUUCACCCUAUGUUUGCAGCCGUAUGUCAGGGACGUAUCUGGACCAUCGUUCCUGCGUCCGUCGUCACGGAGGACGUUGGUAUCCCCACAGGCAUCAGCUGGCUCUGCCGGACACUAUCAGGUCAAUACGACCCAGCAGAGAAUGUAUCAUUCUCGUCAGCUCCCGCACAAGUAUCGCAAACUCAGGGAGAGCAAACGGAGACUCGCGUUUCUCAAUACGUAAAGCGCGCGAUUGCGGACGAGGCGAGCCUGCCCGACCAUGCAUUCCUGGCGCGAUUCAAGGCCGCCGACCUGCCCUCUUGGGACCAUUACACGCACGUGCGGGUCGCAUACGUCCUGCUGAAGGUUCACGGGCGCCAGAAGGGCAAGAACGACAUAUUCGAUGGCAUCCAACACUACAUCGCCACGAACAAGACGCAAUCCGACGGACGCAAAUUCCACGUCACCAUGACAUAUUUCUGGAUUCAGCUCGUACACUUCGGGAUCAUGCUCGUUGGGCAGGACCUCCCCCCGACUACCUCCGAGGAGGUCUUUCCCCUUAACGCCACGCUGGUCGAGGAGGACAUUGGUGACAGUGGCAAGGAGGUGACAUCGGUGAAAAAGGGAGAGCCACUUUCAUCACCGUUCGCGUCCUUUCUCCUUGCUAACCCGUAUCUUGCGGAACCUGCUCUAUGGGAGAGGUUCUAUAGUCGGGAACUCAUGAUGAGCCCAGGUGCGAAGGCCGCAAUGGUUCUGCCGGAUAAGACACCUUUACCGAGCAUCAGAGGGAGAGAUACCGUGUAA